AUGUCAAAACUACCACCCCAACCCCAUCCCUUCAAGAACACAGCACAGAUCGAAGAAGUAUAUGACCUUGAGUCUGAGGCGGAAAAUGCUCUGGCUGUGAAUCAAAUCCUAAAAACCAUUGUCUGGGAAGACCUAGAAGACCUUGAGGGCGAAGAGCCCCACCCCCGAAGACAUUCCAAGAAGCAAGCGUCUAAUGAGCAGCGUGAGAUGCUCGAGGAAGUUACGGAAAGUAUCUGGGCCUCACUCGAGAUGAUCUACUCAACAGACCUGGAACCUCCCCUGAUUCCCUGCGUGAAUACCCACGAAAAGCAGGAAGCUAUGAGAUCAGCCAUUGAGAAUGGCAAAGUAAACUGGAAAUUUAUAGGAAACUUUAUACUACGCACCUGGGAGGCAAUAAAAGACGAACGGAAGGAUAAUAUGCAUCAACUGCCACCACCGUCUGAUUCCCUCGAACGAGAGAAUGAGAGUGCCUUGCCAGCACACUUUUCGUCAGCUUUAUGGGAUUUAGUCGAACGUGCCUACAGUGGUAGGGUACCACUGUAG